GCGGGGAGUAACCAAUUAUGUAAAUCAAUACACAUUUGACCACUGGUUGCCCGAAACAAAGAUGGCUCCCGCCUACCGUGCAUUCCCAGCAGUCUGUACAGCGACUGUUCAAUUACAUACUAAGCACGAGACUGUCUGAGCAGCAGAGCACGGAUCGCCGGCUUCAGGUUACGGAACUAGCUAGGGCGACAUGGACAGCACACAGAAAGGACACAUCACAACUGUAACUCUUGUAGAAAGCAAUUCAAAUCCCUCAGGAUUGCAGCUAGUCAGUAGCUAUCAGACCAAUCGCGUAGGGGAACCUUCCGACCUCGUGGAACUGGCACAACAGGUGCAAAAGGCUGAUGAUUUUAUAAGAGCCAAUGCAUGUAACCGCUUAACGGUUAUUGCAGAGCAGAUCCGUGUGUUACAGGAGCAGGCAAGAAGAGUAUUAGAAGAUGCCAAGAGGGAUGCUGAUUUACACCACGCAGCAUGUAAUGUUGUGAAGAAACCAGGAAAUAUUUAUUACCUCUAUAAACGGGAAAGUGGGCAGAGGUAUUUUUCUAUUCUCUCACCUAAGGAAUGGGGCUCGAGUUGCCCACAUGAAUUUCUUGCUGCAUAUAAACUUCAACAUGACAUGUCCUGGACUCCCUUUGAGAACAUUGAGAAGCGGGAUGCAGAAAUUAGUAUCAUCGAUAAAUUACUGAAUGAGCAAGUUGCACUUCCAUCAUGCGCUGAGCCUAACUUCAGGGGACUGACAAAUUAAACGUACCUGGUGCUUUAAAGCCAUGCAUCCCAAAACACACUGCUCAGUGGAUGUGCUAUAUUUGGAGGAUUACUCUGCCCAAUGCUUUGUCUUUUAUCCCGACAAGUGGACAUGAUCAGCGUCGUGAUCUAUCUACUGAAUAUUACUGGCUCUUCAUGGUUAUUAAUAACAAGGUAAAGGCUUCAUCCAUGAAAACUGCUGAUCCUGUAAAACUUUGGCCCUUUAGUGAAGAAGAGCAGGGCAGUUUGGGGAGUGUGCCCAAUAAAAACAAAUCUGAAAAGAUGAGCAUUGCAAUACACCAACAUGCAAAUAUAACCUUUUAUAUUAAAUGUGAUUGCACGAGUGGGUAUUUUUUAAAUCUACACAACUAAGUUGUUACAAGGCUGACUCUUACUCUAAUAAAUGAUUUAAAAUUUUUAUUUUUUAAUUAAACAAGUACCAGAUAUAAUGAA